ACCCGCCGGGCCGCUUUAGAUGUUACACACAACUGAAACACGCAUGGUGGCUGCGUGGAUCAGAACCGAUCUGUAAGAGCGAUUUAAACCUUUCUGUUAGACUGAUUUUCUUAAUUAACGUGUUUAUUUAAAAAAAAAAGAUUUUUUUAUUAGACACCGAUUACCCCGCCAGUCUCCUUCAUCGGGCUGGUUUCUGUAGUAAAGGAGCAGAACUCCAGAGUUGUGUGUGGAGUUGUGUGAAGUUGAUAUGGAGGAAUAAGCAGCGUCUUUAAGCUUCACAGUUUAGUCGAUUUGAUGACUUUAAAAGAACAUCUAACGAUGUCUAAAGGGAAGCACAAAGGACCCAAGUCUGAUGUUCGUGCUGCAACAGAGAAGCAAGCUAAAGGUCCGGAUAAAAAAGGGGAGAAAAAGAAGAAGUUUUUCUUUCAGCGCGUGGACAAAAAAUCUAAAGAGAAGAAAAUACAGAUCCUGCCACCUAAAGAGGCGCAGCAGUUUUCAUCUAACUGGAAAAGCCUCCUGGAGGUUCUGAACUCUAAACAGGGUGCAGACGGUAAGAAGGACUCUUCACAAAAACAAGUACAAUCUAAAGCACCGAAGCCUCAGUCAGCAGUAAAGAAAGACUUCCACAAAGCUCAGCGAAAACCAGAUAAACACAUAAGCAAAACAGGACACGGACCAAACAAGGACCUUAAGACACCACAGAGUGUGAAAACUGAGAAGCCAGAGACGAGCAGUGUCCAGCAGACCAGCAAAAGUCCUUCAGCACCCAAACAGCAUAAAGCUGAGAAGAGGAAAGCAAAGGACUGUGAAGGAGGACCUGAGAACAACAAAAAGAAGAAAGUGGAAGAGGUGGAAAAACAACCAACAGAGAUGGAUCUCUGGUUUGAUGACGUCGACCCCAAUGAUAUUGAGGCCACACUGGGCGCAGAGGCUGCUGAAAUCAUGAGGAAGAGGAACGGCUCAUUGAAGAACAAUGUGGAGAGUACAGAGAGUGUGUUGGUGAAGGAGCGUGCUUUUGAAGGACUGACGUCAGCAGUUGCCAUGGACUGUGAGAUGGUGGGAGUAGGGCCAGACGGAGAGGAGAGUAUAGUUGCACGUGUUUCCAUUGUGAACCUGUUCGGAAAGUGCGUCUACGACAAAUACGUUAAACCCACAGAGAAAGUCACCGACUACCGGACCGCCGUCAGCGGCAUUCGACCAAAGGACAUAGAAAACGGAGAGAGCUUCAACACAGUUCAGAAGGAAGUGGCUGAGAUUCUGAAAGGAAGGAUAUUGGUGGGACAUGCUGUUCAUAAUGACUUAAAGAUUUUGUUUUUGGACCACCCAAAGAAGAAGCUCAGAGAUACUCAGAAAUAUAAGCCAUUCAGAAGAAUUGCAAAGAGUGCACGUCCAGCGCUGAGGGUUCUUUGUCAAGAGGUCCUGCAUGUGAAAGUGCAGCAAGGCGAGCACUCGUCUGUGCAGGAUGCCCAGGCUACUAUGAGGUUGUACACUCUGGUAAAAUCACAGUGGGAGGCGGAGCUUAAAGCCAGCAGGGGUUCGAACAAACCUGGAGCAAAAAGUGCUCCUGCGAACAACUCCAACAAUGAACAGACAGACUAGCAGAAAGCUGUUCUAACUGGUUUCAGAACAGUUCAGGAACCCAUAAGAGACUAAACUGAAACCCAGACAUAUAUACUGAGGUCUAAAUGCUUUUCAGUAUAGAACCCAAAUGGGACAAGGCACAUGUUGCUUCAGUGAUUUCCCCACUUCAGAACAGAAUGUGACGUUUAUCCCUUGUACAUGUUGUUUGAUGCAUGUCUUCAGCUCAUUACUUCAUAGGUAACAGAGCUUGUUUGUGCAUACAUUUGCACACUAGUAUAUUUUAUAGCAAAUGUUUUAUUGUAUAUUUCUUUGAGGUUCUCCCACAUCAAAAAUAUAUGAUAUUAAAAGAAAUGUAAAAUCC